UUACUAAUCCGCGGCGUUCGCUUAGCCUCCCGCAUUCUUGAUCAUCUCUUUCAGCAGUGUACGGAGACAAAGUAAAUUUGUUUAUCUUCAUCUCAAGCUCACCGGUCUAAAUCGCCCCACAACUUUUUUAGCUAACUAUUUGAUAUUCAAUAUGCAUGCACUUCAGGUGCGGUCGUCACGUACAAGCACGCAAGGUGUUUGAUAAAAUGGAGGCAUGCUUGUUGAUUCUACAUUUUGGAAGAGACACUGAGAAAGAAAUCGAACUGUCACAGUGCCAUCGAAGACUGCCAUUGAAGAGAACCUAGUCAACAAACUGCCGUGAGGCUCAUAGCGAUGCUCAUCCAGGUCUUUCUUCAGCUGUGAAUUAUGGUUCCAGAGACAUGACAGAGCAUUGCCGGUGAAGCAAAACAAAGUCUUCAUGAAGUGACGUUCCAAGUAGGGUACGAGCAGCACAAGUGCUUUGGCUUUUUGGACAGUUAGGGAAAGAAGUGGGCCUUUGGUCAUACAUUCUCUGCAAUGGGGCAUUUUUGUAGAAGUGAAGAUCAUCUUGAAGUCAAAGGUGCCAAUCCUCCUAUGUUUUGCUGGAACAUGAAGAUAGAUUCUGAGCCUGAACCUCCUGUACAAGUGAUAUUGAAAUUACAAAUGAUAUAUGCCUGGAUUUUCUGUUCUGUCAAUAGCUUUCUGGUUUUAAUGAAAAGCAAUGCUGGAUGGAUAUGGUGAUUAUAAAAUUAGAGUUAUGUGCAGAGUCUGCACAGUGGGCCACUGUGUAGACAAUUGGAAGUCUAUUUUUAGGGGAAGGGAAGUUGAAUGUCGAGAAAUUAAAGCUUUCUAUGUUCUGCUACUUGAGCAAUUCAGGUGACUCUUUGCAAACAAAUAGACCUGAAAAAGCUUCUAUCUAGUCUUGUCAUUACCACCAUAAUGUACUCGCAACAUUCCAACCUUUUGGGUUCUUUAAUCAAUUUUGCUGUUUCAACAAAGUCUUCUUUACUUGGUCGUUCUGUCCAUGCGCAGAUCAUCAAGACCUUAGAUAACCCACUCCCUUCAUUUCUCUGCAACUAUCUUGUCAACAUGUACUCCAAACUUGACCAUUUUAACUUGGCACUAUGUGUUCUCUCACUCACACAUGCUCGUACUGUUGUUACUUGGACCUCCCUCAUUUCUGGUUGUGUCCAAAAUGGUCGUUUUGCUGCUGCUCUCCUCUGCUUCUCUAAUAUGCGCCAUGAGUCUAUUCAGCCAAAUGACUUCACUUUCCCAUGUGUAUUUAAAGCCUCAGCUUCACUGCAUAUGCCCUUUAGUGGAAAACAAGUUCACGCCCUUGCAGUGAAAGCUGGUCAAAUAUGUGAUGUUUUUGUCGGAUGCAGUGCCUUUGACAUGUACAGCAAAACGGGUCUUAGAGAUGAAGCUCGUAAGAUAUUUGAUGAAAUGCCUGAAAAAAACAUAGCCACAUGGAAUGCUUAUAUUUCUAAUGCAGUGCUAGACAACCGGUCUCAAGAUGCGUUUGAUGCAUUUAAGAAGUUACUGUGUGUGGAUGGGGAGCCUAAUUCUAUAACAUUUUGUGCAUUUCUAAAUGCAUGUUCUCACACACAAAAUUUGGAGGUUGGACGUCAAUUACAUGCCUUUAUAAUCCGUAGUGGAUAUGGGGAGGAUGUAUCUGUCUCAAAUGGGCUUAUUGAUUUUUAUGGAAAAUGUCAGGAUCUAUUAUCUGCUGAAAUGGUUUUUGAUAGAAUUGUCUUGCGGAAUGAUGUUUCUUGGUGCUCUAUGCUUGCUACUUUUGUGCAAAACCAUAAUGAAGAGAGGGCCUGCUUAGUAUUCCAGCAGGCAAGGAAAGAAGGAGUUGAGCCAACAGACUUCAUGGUAUCGAGCGUACUUAGUGCUUGUGCUGAGCUUGGAGGACUGGAAUUGGGCAGGUCACUUCAUGCGCUUGCUGUGAAAGCAUGUGUUGAGGAGAAUAUUUUUGUUGGUAGUGCACUUGUUGACUUGUAUGGAAAAUGCGGAAGUAUAGUGGGUGCAGAACAAGUCUUUAAUGAAAUGCCUGACAGGAAUCUGGUCACUUGGAAUGCAAUGAUAAGUGGAUAUGCACACCAAGGUAAUGCUGACAUGGCAUUGGCUAUAUUUGAGGAGAUGGCAUCAGGUCAGUCCGGGAUGGUUCCAAGUUAUUUGACACUGGUUUCUGUAUUAUCAGCAUGUAGUAGGGCUGGAGCAGUCAGGAGAGGGAUGAGGAUUUUUGGGUCAAUGAGAGAAAACUUUGGAAUUGAAGCAGGUGCAGAGCAUUAUGCAUGUAUUGUAGACCUGUUAGGACGAUCUGGAUUGGUUGAACGUGCAUAUGAGUUUAUAAAGAACAUGCCAAUUCCUCCUACUAUUUCGGUCUGGGGAGCUUUACUGGGGGCUUGCAAGGUGCACAGGAAGCCAGAGUUAGGAAAAAUUGCUGCUGAUAACUUAUUUAAGCUUGAUCCCCAAGACUCAGGCAACCACGUGGUGCUUUCUAACAUGCUUGCUGCUGCUGGAAGGUGGGAAGAAGCCACGCUUGUCAGGAAGGAAAUGAAAGAUGUUGGUAUAAAAAAGGGUGCUGGUUAUAGUUGGAUCACUGUGAAGAACCGGGUUCAUGUAUUUCGGGCCAAAAAGGAUAAAGUUCAUGAAAGGAAUGACGAGAUUCAGGCGAUGUUAGCUAAGCUUAGAAGGGAGAUGAAGGAAGCAGGAUAUGCACCUGAUACGAAUUUAUCACUCUUUGAUUUAGAAGAAGAAGAAAAGGAUUUAGAAGUGUGGUACCACAGUGAAAAGAUUGCUCUCGCCUUUGGACUCAUAGCUCUGCCCCCAGGAGUACCUAUACGUAUCACAAAAAAUCUCAGGAUAUGUGGAGAUUGUCAUAGGGCCAUCAAGUUCAUUUCAAGAAUUGUGGGUAGAGAAAUUAUAGUCAGAGAUAAUAAUCGUUUUCAUUGUUUUAAAGACGGCCAAUGCUCUUGUAAAGACUAUUGGUAAUAGUUAAAAUAGUUUAAUGGGUUAUACCAACUUCAGACCUCUCUAGAGGGCAGGGUCUAAUCUGUCUAGGGUAUUGGGGUAAAUAAUAGACACUUCUUAAUUAAGUUA